AUGGCCAUCGAGUACAUUCCUGGAAAGAAGAACAAGGUGGCAGAUGCCCUUGGGAAUCAAGUAGACGAGCUGGGAACUUCCGGAAAGGUCUCGGAGCUAUUGGAGGAUCUCUUUCAAGACUCGUGCAAUACUUGUCUGGACGACAAGCGUGGUGAUGAUGACGACCCUGAUGACUCUCAUGGUCAACGUCCAUCUCCUCCAUAA